GACGUCAUUUUUGAAGACACUAGCAGCAUUUUACCACAUUUUGCGUUUUAAAACUCUAAUUCAUAAGUAAUUAUGUAAGUUUUGUAAUGUUUAUCCCGACAUAAAACAUCAUUUGUUAAUAAUGUAUGUAAACCUACGACACAAUAAGUAUGUAACAGAAAACCUAGUUUGAAGACAUAAUCUAUAUUAUAGGCUAUAGCCUAUCCCGUUCCAGCCAAAACAUCGACAAAUAGGCCUAGGGCCUAAUAAUUUCAGAAUCCAUGAGCAGGAAACGUUCUUCGAUAUGGGACGAGGCUUGGAGGACGCAUCUUUGGAGGAAAGACCGCGAACAAUCAAGUGUAUCGAUCGAAACACAAAGUCGAAAAUUCUCUUUAAAGACAGUAACCAGAGCCACCACACUGUCCUCUGUGCUGAUGAAAAAUGCCUUGCAGAAACGUGUCAGAUGCAUUAUUCUUUAUGCAACAGAGACUGGGAAAUCGAAGCAAUUUGCGAGAACUGCAUCUGAAGUAUUCAGCCUGGCCUUUUUUGCUCAGGUAUUCUGCAUGGAUGCAUAUGACGUCGCUGAUCUUGAAAAUGAAAGGCUGGUUCUGUUUGUCAGCAGUACGUUUGGACACGGAGAUCCACCGGGAAACGGAGAGGAAUUUGCAAAAGCACUAGAGGAACUAAGGAAGCUUGAGGAACAAAGGAAGCUUGAGGUACAAAGGAGUAAAAGGUGGACAUGUGAUCGCCUCAAACCGGAAACCACUUUCAGUACAGGAAAUGGCAAGUUAGAAAACCUGAGAUAUUCUGUGUUUGCCCUUGGUUCCCGGUGCUUUCCUGACUUUUGUGCAUUCGGUCGUUACCUUGACACCAUGCUUCACGAUCUCGGGGCUGAGAGAAUUACAUCACUGGCAGAAGGAGAUGAUAUCGGCGGACAGGAGAAAUCAUUCAGAAACUGGGUUCAGGAAGUCUUCAAGUCGGCAUGCGGCAUCUUCCAGAUUGGUGAAAAAAUAAAUGCCAGAAAGGUUAGGAAUUCCUUGACAGAAGCAGAUCAUAUGUGGCGGGCCUCCAAGUUCAGAAUAGUAUCGCUGAAUAAGGCAAACGAAGAGGAUCUAUGUGAAGCCUUAUCCGAGGUGCACCACACGUCUGUACAUCCCUGUAAACUCGUCGACAGAAUCCAACUAGAGAGUUCACAGUCACGGUAAACUUGGCUUAAUUUACCAUGUAUAU